UCCCUUUACUGUCGCUAGCUAAUCUCUCCUGGUCCAACCCACUCCAUCAGUGUGUGACUGUGAGCACGUGUGUGGGUGGGCGUCUUCUUUUAGGAACAGCCCUGCAUGUGCUGAAGCACUACAGAGGUGUGUUAGUAGCUUCCAUUCAUUUUACUUUUCUUUCUUUCUUUCGCUCGCUUAUCAUAAUCUAAUCUCGAUUACAUACAUUUAUUUACCCCCUCAUCAGUCAUUUUCGUCUUCUGCCGUUGUUUAUUCAGAAGUUGUUUUUUUUCCAUGCCAAGUUUUCCUCAACUGUAGAGAGAAGGUAGGAGGAGCCGUUUGGAGCAGUGUGCCUCUCUCUCUUCCUCUCUCACACACACACACACUCUCUCUCUCUCUCUUUCUCUCUCUCUCUCUCUCUCGCCUUCUGCCGCUGCAUGCGUCAGACCGGAGUUUGUUCACUUCCAAGCAAGUCUGACUGAAGGGGGGAACAGUACUCUUUGGCUUUAGUUUUCACACAAUUUUCUCUGAAAAACUUUCUCUGUUUCCUCACGCGCUCAAAGGCAACAAGAAGAGAGUGAUGAAGAAGCAAUAAGAGAGAAUAAGAGGAUUUAUUCAUAUUUUUUUUGAAAAAGCACGUGGCAGACUGUUUUAGCCACUGGACCCUUUCAGAGACUGAGAAGUGAGGUCAUCCUGUAAUUCAUUCUCCCUUGGCGGAGUGGCUCCAGCUUUGCUGUUUGUCAUUCUUUGAAGAGACAAACACACACACACAGAGCAACAAUGGUGGCAGGAAUGGUGAUGCCCUUGGCGGACUUGAGGGCCAUCUACGAGCUCCUGUUUCGCGAUGGCGUCAUGGUGGCCAAGAAGGACAAGCGGCCCCAGACCAAGCACCCAGAGAUCCCCAGCGUGGGAAACCUGCAGGUGAUCCGUGCCAUGGGCUCCCUCAAGUCCAGGGGCUACUUGAGGGAGACGUUCGCCUGGAGGCACUUCUAUUGGUACCUGACCAACGAGGGCAUUGUUUACCUGCGUGACUACCUCCGUCUGCCUGCUGAGAUCGUCCCCUCUUCCCUGCAAAGGGUUCGCCGUCCAACAGGCACCUUGGCCAUUGCCCAAAGGGCAGCACGUGGGGUCCAGUCAGUGGACGGCCCCACAUCUUAUGUCCCCAAACCUGGCAAGGAAGAAAGUCAGGAGGCGAUGGCUGAGCGCCAGGUCUACCGACACAGGAGGAUGGGUGCAGCCGAGGAGGAAGGCCCCUCUGGCCAGACGCCAAGGUUCAGAGGUCGCCCGCUGGCCGCAGAGACGGUCAGACCAAGAGCAUCAUGGGAAUCUGAGGCCAUGGCCCAGCCUCCCCUGAGGAAGGGACGGGGCUUCCGCACUGAGGCUUCAAUGAUGGAGGAAAGCCAGGUGAAGAGGGCCUCCACGGUUACCUUCUCUCAGACCACUGAGGCUAGUAGCAGUAAAGCAGUGGUUAUCUCCCAGGAGAAAAUCAUCACUAAGGUCCACUCAGAAAGGUCCCAGGUGGUUCCGGUUCAGAAAACACAUGAAUCACAGGCCAGCAUCAAGUCAGUCUCUUCCAAAAUAGCCCUCCCAUUAGCUGUAACUGCAGUAGCUAGUGCUGCAGUAGCUGGGGCUGCAGCAGUGAAGGUCUCAGCUGAAUCCUCUCUCAAUAAAGCAGGUAAAGAGAAGCCCAAGAAAGCUGCAGCAGUGACCAUCUCUGAGGAGACCCCCAAAGUCUCCGCUGAACCUGUCCCCAGCAAGUCAGCCAUUCCAGCACCCCUGCCCCCUACUAAAGAGAUUAAGGAGGAAAACAAAACAAAGGUGAAGGAGAUUCCAAAACCCAAGAAAGUGGCAGAAAUGACCGUCCCCCAAGAGACCCCCAAACUCUCAGCCGAACCCCCAAAUCACUCAAAGUUGACAUCACUGCUCCCUUACCAGUGGUCAAUGGCAAUGACGGUGUUGUCACUGAAAAGGUUAUUGAAAAGGUUAUCGAAACUAAAAAAGUGAUGAUUGAAGAUGGCUCCAAAUCAAAGAAGAAGAAAAAAUCUCCCGGAGAAACAGCGAAGGCUGUGAUUGCUGACGAAACACCUGUCACAAAGGUGUCCCCAGAAAAAGGACUGAAGACCCCCGAGGAAGAGACACAGGAGCCCCCCAAACCCCCACCAGCUAUUACAUCGUCAACAAAGCCCAAGGGACCAGAAUCCACUAAAGAAACUAAGGCUGAGGUUAAAAAAGAAACUAAGGUUAAAAAAGAAACUAAGGCUGAGGUUAAAAAAGAAACUAAGGCUGAGGUUAAAAAAGAAACUAAGGCUGAGGUUAAAAAAGAAACUAAGGCUGAGGUUAAA